AUGAGCGGUGUUGAUGAAAGUCUUAACAGAUGUAUUCCUAGUGCUCUCUCCGAUAUUGAUCUAAUGAUAAGCAACGAAUACGUUGUUGCAUCAAUAUGGAUUAUCAGUUUGUUUGCUGUUAUUGGAAAUUUAUUCGUGGCAAGCAGAUCGAUUCGAAACAUCUUCUUUCCUAAACAACAACUUUCAAAGAUUGAAUUAAUAAACAAAUCUUUGAUAUUUAACUUAUCACUCUCGGACUUACUUGUAGGGAUAUAUAUAUUGGCCAUUUGCAUCAAGAAUGCAACAAUAACAAAGAAUUAUGCGCAAACGUACAAACAAUUUCAAAGUGGUUUCACGUGUUCUGCUCUUGGAACUCUGUAUUUGAUUGGAUCAGAAAGUUCUGUAUUUACUCUAACCAUUGUUACAGGAUUUCGAAUGAAAACUGUACUGAGGUACGACAGAAAUCCUUUGUAUUCAACUAUAAAUAAGAACGAUGUUGAAAAUUUGUCUCGUGCACUUCUAACAAAACAGAGAUUUGAAGAUGAUCCAGCUAUAGAAAAAAAACUUGGAACAUGGUCGUUGCUAGAAUCUCUAAUCAGCGAUUUGAAUUCGACAUUCAAGGUUGAACGUAGGAAAACACAAGAAAAGAAUGCUGCCGUCAGCGACAAAUUAAAGGCAGAAAGGGCAAUAAAAAUGCAAAAAAAAAUUACUCUGAUUAUUCUCACUGAUUUUCUCUGCUGGAUGCCUGUCUGCGUAAUGGGAUUCUUAACAGUUUCUGGCAUCAACAUACCAUAUGAUGCAUACGUUCUUGUAGGUUGGAUUAUUAUUCCGAUCAACAGCAGCCUCAAUCCUUUCCUAUAUUCUGAUGGCCCUGAUUAUGUGUGGGAGAAACUAAGCCCCGUCAGAGCUUGGAUUUACGAAAAUACCAUGGGACAAUGUGUUCGUGAUUCGAAGAAACCAAGUACGAAUAGAAGAGAUGUUCAGAGUGGUUCACGACAUCAGGUGGAAAAUUUAACAACGCCAUUACAAAGAGUCAUGGGUACUUAA